CCAGGAGACGGUCAAACGUCUUAGAAUACAAUAGACAUUUAUUGUCAUUGCUUCAAAGUACAAUGAAAUUUGGAUUUGCUUCCCAGAGCGAAACAAAAAAAAAGGGUAUAAAACAAAGAAACCAAAUCUCUGGAAUCUUCUAAUUUUGAGUAAAAAACUGAGAAGUGGUUUUUAAUCAUGGAGACAGUGGGUGACUUUCUAAAUGUGUUCAACAUUGAGGCCAGCAGAAUGAACAUGACACUCAGCCUCUUUCUCAUUUUUCUGGGUCUGCUUUACUGGUAUUCAGUUUAUCCGUUCUCAGUCCUCUCUCGAUGUGGAAUCAAACAUCCAAAGCCUGUGCCAUUCCUUGGUAACAUGCUUAUGUUUCGUGAGGGGUAUUUCAAGGCUUUGCCUGAUAUUAUAAAAACACAUGGCAGAGUUAGUGGGUAUUAUUUUGGCCGUAAACCAACAGUGCUGAUAGCAGACCCUGAUUUGCUCAGACAAGUGCUGGUCAAGGACUUCAGUAGCUUCCCUAAUAGAUCGUUUGGCUAUAGCACCAAGCCAAUGGAGGACUGUCUGCUCUUGUUGAGAAAUGAAAGAUGGAAAAAAGUUCGAAGUGUCGUUACCCCAACUUUCAGUGCUGCCAAGUUGAAAGAAAUGGCUCCUCUCAUCAACACAGCCACAGAUUCAUUGAUGAACAACUUGAGCACCCAUGCUGACUCAGGAAAAGUCUUUGACAUCCACAAGUGCUUUGGUCACUUUACCUUGGAUGUUAUUGCCAGUGUGGCUUUUGCCACUGAAGUGGAUUCCCAGAACAACCCAGAUAAUCCAUUUGUCCGCCUCGCUCAGAUGUUCUUUUCCUUGACUUUCUUCAGACCGCUCACGUUGUUUUUCUUUCUUUUUCCUGCUGUCAUGGCUCCUUUUGCAAGAUUUAUUCCAAACACGAAGAGAGAGCAGAUGGAUAAAAUCUUCAUCAGCAGUAUUCAGACAAUCAUAAAGCAGAGAGAUGAACAGCCUCCUGAUCAGAGGCGUAGAGACUUCCUUCAGCUGAUGUUAGACGCUCGGACCGGACAAGAAGCCGUGUCUUUGGAGCAGUUCGACACAGGAAACCACUCUGACGAGUUUAAAACCAGAAGCCAACAGAAACAAUCAUCAGCCUCGGAGCAAGAAAAAAGCCAGUCUCAUGCAAAAGACUCAUUCAUAAAUCGUGCACAAAAAAAGACAAUAACUGAGGAUGAGAUUGUGGGUCAGGCCUUUAUCUUCCUCCUGGCAGGCUAUGACACCAGCAGAAACACAUUAUCCUUCACCUGCUACCUGCUGGCGCUCCACCCUGAAUGUCAGCACAAAGUACAGGAGGAGGUGGAUGAGUUCUUCACAAGAUAUGAUUCACCAGAAUACACAAAUGUUCAGGAGCUGAAGUACUUGGAUAUGGUUGUUUGUGAAGCAUUGCGACUCUACCCUCCUGUUUUAAGAUUUUCACGACAAAUUGAGCAUGAAUGUGUGCUGAAUGGGCAGAUUCUACCUGAAAGGGUAACGGUUGAUAUCCCUGUAUGCUUCCUGCAUCAUGACCCAGAGUACUGGCAGGAGCCAGAGAAGUUCAUCCCGGAGAGGUUUACACCAGAGGAAAAGGCUAAUCGUCAUCCUUUCGUCUACCUGCCAUUUGGAGCUGGACCCAGGAACUGUGUGGGAAUGAGGCUUGCCCAGCUGGAAAUCAGGAUGGCUUUAGCACAUUUGUUCCAUCGAUACAGCAUCACCGCCUGCUCUGAGACCAAGGUUCCUCUGGAGGUGAAAUCUUUUGGUGCUCUAGGACCCAAAAAUGGUGUGUUUGUGAAAAUCACAAGAAGAGACAAAUGAAGACAAGACUUCCCAUUUGAUCAUUAGAAAGUAUCUUAGUCUUUUAAAAGGUUGGAGACUUUUAUGAAACAUUACAAGAUACAAGAUAUGUGAAUUGAAAUUAAGUAAAAUUUAUGUAAUGGAAAAUGAUAAUAAAGUAAUCAUACAGUUGUGAGUUGAGUUGUCGUUAAACACAAAACUGCCAGAUUUCUUCUGCAAAUGAGCCAAACACAAAUGAAACGAGUCUCUGAUUUAGCCAAAGAAUGGACCUGUCUUAUUUUGCUGAACAUACAGUGUUAGAGUUCUUGAAAAUAAAUGUUGUUUUCUUCAACAAUUCUUCAGUACAGCAGAGGCGACUCCUGCUAGGUGACCUUGUUUCUUCAUUCUUAUCAUGUUUAUUAGUAAAACCCAGGAUUUUAAACUUUUCACGGCCUCUCAGGGAUGUUAACCAUUAUAAAAGUUAAACAUUUGCAUCUUAUUGAAACAAUUACAAUUUUACUUUGACCUAGUUUGAGUUUUUGAACAAACCUAUGUGCAUUUUCCAAACAUUUGAGUUUUUAUUUUAAUUUUAGAUGUAUACAGUAAGAGUGUUUUAUGUUUCAUUAUUUCAUGUAAUUUUGUAUUAUUUUGGUAUUUCUUUUUAAUGCUGUGGGAAGCACCUUGGAAAUAAACUGAUUACCUGGC